UAAAAAGGGCAGUAACGCCGAUAACUGUCGGCGGCCGCGGUUGACUGUUUCUAGUUUAGUUUGUUCAUAUAUAUGAACAUCCACAAUAAAACAUGGAGGAUCCCUGCGGAAUGGUAAAGGAGAAUAAGAAAAGCAACGUCGAGGGGUAUGAGGUGCGGGGGGAGGUGCGCCAGCGACUGCUGCUUGAGCUGCUGCUGGACUUCGCGCGCAACUCCUCGCUGCACGGCCCGCGGUACCUCACCGCGAGGGGGCUCCACUUGAUUGAGAGAUUAUUUUGGGGCAUCAUAUUCGUAACGAGUGUGUGUCUGUGUGUGUGGGCGAUGAGCAACGUGUGGUUCAAGUGGAAGACCAGCCCCAUCAUCAUCUCCGUCAACGAACAGCUCUCAUCUAUCACCGAGGUUUCGUUCCCGGCGGUGACCGUCUGCCCACAGACGAAAGUUAAUCAGAAAUAUUUCAACUACACCAAACAUUAUAUUACAUUCAAAAAAUUUAUACAUGAACAACAAAGUAAUAAUAUAAAAAUUACUGAAAAAGAAUUAAGAAACAAAGGACACGCUUUUAUGGAACAGAAUCCUUUUGUGCGUGAACUGGGAAACAUCUUCAAUCUUGCCAGCGAAUCUUCUGACGCAGAUUUGUUUAGAUACAUUCGCCCACCUUUAGAUCAUAAUGCGGUGUUACAUAUGAUAAAGGCAGCGCCCAAAAUAGAAGAUGUCUUGUUCUAUGGAACAUGGCAGGACAUGGGCCAUGAUAGAAGUGCUUACUUUACUCCAGUUCUUAUGGAGUCGGGCCUUUGCUUCACAUUCAACACCCUGGCAGCUAACGAAAUAUUCCAUAUCGACCAUCUCCAUAAGAAUUAUUCAUUUUUGAAUACGUUUAUACCGCGGCGGGGUUGGUCACCUGAGCGUGGCUAUUUCAGCUCUGGACCUGACACCUAUCCCAGGAGGGGACGAACAGGUCAGAAACCAGAUUUAUUUUUCAUUUUGAAAGAAGAAUUGGACAGCGAUUUUAUUUGCAAAGGCACUUUCUCGGGUUUUAAGGUGUACCUGCAUCACCCGGCGGAUUUGCCGCAAUCUUCGCGCAGCUACUACGCGGUGCAGGAUGACGAUGCCGCCUACUUCUCCAUCAAAGUUAACCUCGUGACAACCUCCAAUACGCUGAUUAACUAUUCACCACACAUUCGCCAGUGUUACUUCCCUACCGAGAGGACGCUGCACUUUUUCAAGAUGUAUACUCAGAACAACUGCCGGCUGGAGUGCCUGGCCAACCACACCCUGACGAGCUGCGGCUGUGUGGAGUACUACAUGCCGCGUAAUCAAAGUACACUCAUGUGCAUAUCCAGCGACGAAUUGCAUUGUCUCUACAAGACAUUCGUUGCGUAUUCAGCAAUGGACGACGGAUUUGGUAACAGUAACCACAGCUUGUGCCAGUGCCUGCCUUUGUGCCACAGUGUACAAUACGAGGCAGAGGUAGUAAGGACAAGUGAAGACGUCGCCCGUUAUAAGGCCAUGCGCCUGGCUUUCAACGAGAUUUACAAUGUGUCUAAACCUUAUGUGAAGAGCACAAGAACGUACACUCCGAUAAAAAUGUACUUCAAGGAGUCGCGAUUCGUGUCGCUGCGGCGCUCGGAGCUGUUCGGGGCGACGGACUUCUUGGCCAAUUGCGGUGGGCUGCUGGGGCUCUUUCUAGGGUUCUCCUUCCUCAGUCUCGUUGAGCUGCUGUAUUUCUUUACGUUGAGGUUAGGCUGUAUGUUUAGAAGACAAUCAAAAGCACCAGAAUGAAGACCGCUGAUCAU